ACCGAUUUAAAAAGAGCUGCCGAAGAGCGGGGACAGGCAGAUCGCAGAGGAUAACACAGACACGGUUCACUCCCACCCUCCCUCUUCACCACAGCCUGCAGACCGCAGAGGAGCCGGAGAGUUUAGUUCUGUUCAUUGCAACUCAGAGCGGCGAUUUGAAAACUUUUUGCAUAAGUUUUGGAAAAGUUUUUUUUUAAGUUUUUAUUUUUUUGUUGCAAAGGUUGCCUGUUUGGCGAGAAGCCCCGCGGGGCUCUUCCCCCAACAUGCUGGUCUCCAUCCCGGUGUUGCUGUUUCUGUCUGGGGGUCAGUGGAGCGGUUCGCUGGCGCUGGGGCCCCGCGUCCACUGCCAGCCGUGCGACGAGAAGGCUGAGUCCGUCUGCCUGGCCCCGCCGGCCGGCUGCCAGCUGGUGAAAGAGCCCGGCUGCGGCUGCUGCCUCACUUGCGCGCUGGAGGAGGGUCAGAACUGCGGUGUUUACACCGAGGUUUGCGCCGCGGGACUCAAGUGUCUGCCGAAGCCGCAGGAGGAGAAACCGCUGCGCGCCCUGCUCCACGGCCGCGGCGUCUGCAGCCCGGUCAAGAGCCACCACAGCCCCGUGCCCACGCCAGAGAGGGGGUCCUCCAUGACUGAGGAGGUGCCGGUUUCCGAGGGGACAGAGGACGGUUACAUCACCAAACCUGUACUGAAGAAGCACGUCCGCCUGUCCAACCAGAAGGUGGAGGCGCUGAAACGGGACCAGAAGAAGCGGCAGCGCGUGUCCAAGAUCAUCUCGUCCUCGGAAAACACGGCCCACGACCGGCACCAGUCCCCGUACAAACACGACUCCGAGCUGGGUCCGUGUCGACGGCAGAUGGAGGUGGUGCUACAGAGCCUGAACAAGGCGGUCUACCUCAGCCCCGAUGAGGUCUACAUCCCCAACUGCGACCGCAAGGGUCUCUAUAAACGGAAACAGUGUAAGCCAUCGAAGGGGAAGCGGAGAGGCCUGUGUUGGUGCGUGGACAAGUAUGGCUUCAAGCUGCCCGGCUCCGAUUACAUGCACCAUGACUUCCAGUGCCAGACGCUCGAGACAGAUUGACACGCGUCCUCCAGCCCAGUCUCUCCUCCUCCUCCUCAACCAACCGACCAUCUCCAGAGGACUUCCCUCCCGAGCUGUUAGCCCAACUCAGGACUGUACAACAGCUCAGCCAUGAGUGCAGCAAGAAACCUAAAGUAUAAUAAUUUUACAAAAUAGUAUGCUAUCAUUACUUUUUGGGACACCGGAUAUGUCAAGCUACGAGCAGCUAGUUUUAAUUACUUUUUGUUCUCUUGUGAAAGAACCUGUUGCUAAAUGGAAUUUGACUUUUGAGACAAAAGGAAGGGUCAAGAUUGGGUAAUUUUGUCAUUUGUUUGCGUGAGAUACCCUUCCUGUAAUGUAAGAUGAUCUUUCACUCCCAAACUCCCAGUGAGGUAGUGGGAUGAAUGGUGCCCGGUGAUGGAGCCCACAGGCUGGGAGGUUCCCGGAUAGAGCAGGGGAGGAGAGAUCUGUCGCUUUGUGCAUCUUCCUCCUCUCUGGCGCUGGUGGGAGGAGGAGGAGGGGUGGUGGGCGACAAGUCUGUGGAAGAGGGGUGAUGCCACGUGCUGUCAGUCGAGGUGGCUAAGAUGAUGUGAGGCGAGGAAGGGAUGAAUACCACUCAGCACCCCCAACUUCCAGUCCAAACCCGCUACCCGCUGCAGGGCAUAGGCUGAGACCCCACCCAUUUGGUGCUGCUGCAGUACUGUUUAUGGCCACUAAAGGGCGACUCUUUAGAGCCAGCAGUGGCACCCCCUACUUGCCAGCAGCUGGUACCGCAAUGUGAAACCCUUUGUGCCUUAACUCUUCUUGGUGGGUGGGAGGGGUUGAGGGGUUUAGGGAGGUUUCUACUAACCUACCCACCCACCCCCACACCUGCUGGGGAGAUGGCCUUGCCUUCCACUGGACCAGAGCAUGUGCAAACUGGGCCGGUUCCUCGCUAUCCACUUCUGUUCAGCUGGGUUCUGGGGCAACUAGCCCCAACGGUCACUGUAGAGCUGUUUGACCUUCUGCUCCGUUGCACCUGUCAAAGUGCCCACUCCUUACCUGCCCAUCAUUGACCCUGGCUCAGACCAAGCCAACCUGGCGGUUUCUCUUCCUCCUCACAGCCCCAGAGACCCUGAUUCGAUCCUGACCCCUGGCACUGUGAAGAGUGGUCAUUGCAUAUUCUCCCUGUGACCACAUACUCUGGUUACCUCCAACAUCUCAACGACAUCUGGGGUUGGUGGCUCAAUUGGCCUCUGUACAUUGCCCCCAGUGUGUUGGUGAAGGGUAGAAUCUGGGGGGAGUUGAUGGUUAUGUGGGGAGCAGGGGGGCAGUGGGAUUGUUCUGUGAGGUAGCAAAGAUUCAGUGGGUCAAAGGGUCCCCACCCUAAUCAAACGGGGUUGUAGAGGCUGUAUGUAUCUCACUGUUCCCCAGCCGCAUCUCAGCCAAGAUGCCCCUCAGCCAAGUCUAAAUGGUGAACUCAACCAACCAGUGGAGUCUCCCUCCUCCGCAGAGUAGGAUCUUUGAACCUGGAGGAGGAGGAGGUGGGAAUGUGAAUAAGCUGAGUUCCCGGGGUGGGAAACAUGACGAAACACAGCUCCCAGUGGAAGAAAUUCCGUCGGUGGGUUUUGUGCGAAAUUGAAAAUGGGAUGAACUCUGAAUAUUACGACUGCAUUUUGACCACGUUACUCUCUGUGUUGUAUUUGUGGGAUCGCUUGAAACCUUAACUCCAUUACUCCUCAGAGAUUAGAACCAUAGCUGAGAGGUUUCAUCGUAGACUCUCUUUAUCCCCUGGUCCCUGUUAGCGAGUAUUCUGGAGUUAUGUGAAUAUAGCAGAUAUUAAUUCAAGACAGAACCAGUCUUCAGUUCUUUUUGUAAAUUGAAGUUAAAAGCACAGGCUGGCCCACAGACUAUGAGAUAUUGUUUGCAAAAUGGUGACCAUGAGACGUUUACAAAUGCAUCAGCCAAGUGUUAAAACAAUGGGAUUGUGUAGUUGGCCUGCAUCAAUCCAGGCAUUUAUGGUUUUAAGGAAUUGUAAACUAGUUCAGGAUCUCUCAACAUUGUGAGCACCUAGAUCCACAUCCCCAGCGCCUGAUGUGGGGACAGCCAUAAACAGGACCCAGGCACAGCUGGGGUCCUCCACAUGGAACGUUCUGGGUGAGGAGAUCAGCUGAUCAGAAUGGAAGAUGGUGGAUGUGUGGAGAUCCGUUCCUCAAAGGGAGCCGGAUGCUCGGAGGAAGGAGACCAGGGAAGGUAUUACACCGGUGGGGGAAGUGUUGAACAAGAGCUACAAGAUUAGGGGGUAGUCGUUUGGACCUUCUCACCAAGGUGGUGAAUUUCUGCAGGUCUUUACCCUGAAGGGACACACACAAAACUCUGGAAGAACUCAGAAGCUCAGGCAACAUACACAGCGGGAUGUAUAGUUGAUGGUUUGGGCUAGGACCCUUCAUCAGCACUGGAAAGAAUGGGGGUUAGACACUCAGCAGGGCAGACGUCGACCAUACAGGGAGAUAUAGAGAUAAUCUGUGUUGCUGAUCCGAAACGCAAACUCCCUUUCUCUCUCCACAGCCCCUCCAUCAUACAGUCAUCUCUCUCUCUCCCCCUCAUUCCCACCCCUGUGCUGUGAGCUGCUGAGGCCUAACUAAAACUGAGCCACACGUAACAGGGAACUAGACAAGUUUUUAUUCACGAGGCAAAACCUUCGGAGAGUGAGUCUGAGGAAUCUCACCCUCAGGACUAAUGAAACAUCUCGGCCCAAAACUUUGAAUGUUUAUUCCCUUCCAUAGAUGCUGCCUGUCCUGCUGAGUUCCUCCAGCAUCUUGUGUGUGUUGCUGUGAGUAGGUACAGGUUCUGCCAGAUAGAUGAGGGAGGUGGUGGAGAGGAACUGUUUGGAUCCGUUGUCAAGAAAGUGAAGGUGCUGAAGGGAAGUGAGGCUGUCCUGAUGAGAGUUGAUGAAGGAGCUCAGCCUGAAAUAUCUACUGUUCAUUUCUGUCUAUAAGUGCUGCCUGACCUGCUGAGUUCCUCCAGCAUUUUGUGCAUGUUGCUCUGGACUUCUAUCAUCUAUGAUGCCUGGAGGCAGUUCAUUGAGAGCUAACGGGAUUGGGGAGGGAGAUAAACAUUUGAACGAUCAGCAUGAUGAGGGGCUGUAGAACUCAGAGUGAGAGUUUCAGUUGAGGUGAAGUGGUUAUAUUGAACAUUGUGAGGAUGAGGUUGGAUCACCCUCUUAUCAACUCACGAAGAUGAAUGGAAUUUGAUCAUAGACUGGUGAUCUGGAGACCAGGAGCCUGCAGGUUCACAGACCUUUCUUGGGGGGAAGAUGGUCCCUGACCUAAGCUGGGCCUGGUACAUCCUCAGCUUCACACCAACACUGAGGAACAGACGCGGGGGUCUGACCCUCACCCUCCCGUUCCUGUUCACGUCCCAACAGGCUGACCGACUGGAAGUAAGUGUGCCUGAGUGGAUUGUCCCUGGGUCUGUUGCCUGCAGUAGUCCCUGAGGGUCUUUGGGGGGAGCAAUCGAGGGGCAUCCUGGCUUGUGCUGCAUGUAAGGUUACAGAUUCCAUUCCAGAUGGGAGAAGCAGGUACAAUGAAAGGGAUACCGGGCUGGGUAAGAGAGGAUUGAUGACAAAGGGAGGACUUGUCCAGAGUUCAGGGAGAAUAGUGUUCUGAGGAAAUCUGAUCAUGGACUGGUUAUCAGGAGACCAGGAUCUCUCUUGGUUCACAGGCCUUCCUCAGGGAAGGAGAUCCCUGAUAUAAUCCAGUCUGGGCCCUGCUCCACGCCAACAUUUCAGCGCCAAUGAUGUUCCCAAGUGACACAGGUCAAUAUGUUCAUAAACACCCCAAGAAGUCAGUCUAUCCUGACCAUCUACCCUUCAAUCCCUCCGACAUGAUCCAGUGUCUCUGAACUCCCAGUGAUCACGGCCCAGUGCAUCCAAUCUCUUAUGACCACAGCCCAGUGUGUCUCCUAGUGUCUAAUCUCCAAGAAACCAUAAACUAGUGUGCCUCAUCUCCCAGUGACCACAAUCCGGGGUGCCUCCAAUCUCCCUGUGUCUCUAAUCUCCCAAUGACCAUGAUCCAGUGUGCCUCUGAUCUCCCGGUGACCAUGACCAAGUGUCUCUCUGGCAUUCCUGUGAGCUGGGUAUCUCCCCAGUGCUCCAGUAACUCUCUGGUCUGCAAGGGUCACUGCAGUGAGAACCUGCCCUCGCUCCAUGUAGAGUGGUGCUACGACAGGGAGCAUUCCGCCUGGUUGGUGAGUGGGUUUGCGGGAAUGGGAGAACUGGGAAGGACAGUGUUCCAUGACAUCCCCAGGAGGCCACAUCAGGAUCAAAGGGAUGGUCCCUGCCUGGUUCAAUGUCGUGUUGUUGUAACAGAAAGAGGAUAAGCUUCAGAAGAGUGAUCACCCUGCCCUACCCAAACCAAAUGUGCUCAUCUUCAGCAACACACUGCCUAACAUUUCAGCCCUGAGUGUCACAACCUGUGUAACUCCCAACCCAACAACCUUGUGACUGGACGAGACUUUCUUUCAUGUCUAAUGAAGCAGAAAGUUUUAGCUAAUAUUCCGUUCAAUGUUUUGUACUAAAUAUUUUUGUUAUAUUUCUGAUGAGGUGGACACUGUAUGCUAUUUAUUCAACUCUAAUUUAUCUUAUCCUUCACCUUUGUCUUUUGUUAUGACAAGGCCUUUAUUUAAUAAAGAUAUGUACACAGCCAAUGAGUGAGCUAGAUUAACU